AGUCAGCUGAAUUACGCAAUGGAAGGUGUUGUUCUGUGAGAAGAUAUGUGAUAAACAAUAGAAUUUAGCACUUUGUAGUUGUCUCAGGCCGUGUGAGGUGCGCCUGCUCUUUCGUCAUUUGCUGAAUAAUUUGCACGUCAUCCAAACUUGACGCGAAAGGCAAACCAUUUGAUGUCUAUUUUGAUCUGCGUAGUGCGUCGUCAUUUCAAUCUGGCUGUGGUUUUUACUUUUAGUGAUCCAUUGCUGCAAUUGAAUAGCUCUCAAUAAGUAAAUACGAACAUUUUGUUUCUUGAAAGUAAGAAUAAGGCGGCAGAAAUGAAUCCUGGAAAUGUUGGUGAUGAUCAGCCAACAGUCAGUGCCGGGGUGGCAUCUGUUCGCUUCGUCAACUUCAAUCAGGAUUACAGCUCAUUGGCCGUUGGAACACAUAUGGGAUAUCGCCUGUUCACCAUCAACAGCAUAGACAAAAUUGAGCAAAUCUAUGAAGUCGAGAUCGGCGACGUGCUGAUCGUAGAGCGUCUCUUCUCCAGCAGUCUGGUCACCCUGGUCACUCAGGCGCUGCCGCGCAGGCUCCAGGUUUGCCACUUCAAGAAGGGCACCAAAGUGUGCGAGUAUGACUACACCAACACCAUCGUGGCGGUACGACUCAAUCGGGCGCGUCUGGUGGUCUGCCUGGAGGAAUCUCUCUACAUCCACAACAUCCGAGACAUGAAGCUGAUUCACACCAUUCGCGAUACGCCCGCCAACCCGCGCGGCGUGUGCGCGCUCAGUGUGAACAGCGACCUUAGCUACCUGGCCUACCCGGGCAGUGCCACCAUCGGCGAACUGCAGGUGUUCGACGCGCUCAACCUGCAAGCGAAGACGAUGCUGCCGGCUCACGACUCGCCGGUAGCAGCCGUGGCGUUCAGCGUGGCGGGAACUCAGGUGGCGACUGCCUCGGAGAAGGGCACCGUCAUCAGGGUGUUCAACAUCAAGGACGGCUCCAAGGCGUACGAGCUGCGUCGCGGUCUUAAGCGGUGUGCCCAGAUUUCCAGCAUGUGUUUCUCGCCAGACGCCCAGUUCCUGGCACUGAGCAGUAACACGGAGACGAUACACGUGUUCAGACUGACCGAGACCGUGGCGCAGCCGGCGCCACCCAAGACUGAUGACGGCGGUGGCUGGAUGGGCUAUCUGAGCAAGGCGGUCACCGCGUCAGCCAGCUACCUGCCCUCGCAGGUCACAGAGGUGUUGAACCAGGGCCGGGCGUUCGCUACCGUUCACUUGCCGGUGCCCGGACUGAGGGGCGUCUGCGGACUGGUCACUAUCAAGAAGCAGCUUCGCCUGCUGGUAGCGGCCGCUGACGGAUACCUCUAUGUCUACAACGUGGAUACCAACGAGGGUGGCGACUGCAACCUCAUCAAGCAGCACAGGCUGGACGGGCGUCUGGACAGCGAUCUCGGGGAGCCGACAGGACCGGACGCCCGCCACAGCCCGUCGCCGGCCGAGCCGCCGCCCGGCUUGACCAAUAGCUACGCGGGCGUGCUGCGCGGCCGCGCCUCUGACGACUCCAUGACAGAGUCGGAGAAGCGGACCGAGAUGCGUACUGCCACAGAGACUCCGCCCACCGAUGGACCGUACCAGCUUCACGACGAGGAUGAGUUUCCGCCCAUGGCGUAACGCAUCGUGACGCCUCGUGAUACGGCGUGACGCUCCGUGGAGCUCCGUGACGCUCCGUGGAGCUCCGUGACGCUCCGGGAUUCGUCGUGACGAGACGGGCACGGCUUCUGAGAGUCACAGACGGCAGCUGCCGAUGGGAUGUCUGGAGUUUGGAGUCAAGAGAUCCUGGCAGGUGACUCGGGAGUUUCCGAGGCAACGCUGUUGGUCUUCAGGGUCCACGUCUACUGGAUUCUGAACUGUGUGAUCUGGCCGUUCCCAUCACGGGGGAAAUAAGCUGCAGCGUAUGAGAAGCACUGCUUGGCCAGACUGACGGACCAUACCAAAUUCACCCAAACUCUCAGACUCACGGGUCGCCCAACUUCAGAUCUCCUCGGAGCAGAGACACCAACAUGACAGCACUUUAGGGUGAACACUGAACAGUGGUGAUUUAGCGACUGAAACUGAUGGUGGGCUUAUCUCUUGACUGCUGUCAAGUGGGACUGGUGUGGACUCGUGUAAACUGAUGUGGAUUGAUGCAAAUUACUGACAUGCGUGUAUGUAGAGUAGGGGAUUGGGCCGAUGUUUGACGUAACGUGUUCACUGUUCAGUGAUGAGCUCGUUAAACGCUUUGACGUCCAUUUUAGCGGCAGUCAUGGCGGACGAAAUGGAGCGUGUUAUAUAAUACUGAACGAGGCCGGUGUAAAUAAAUUUUCAAGACCGAGGUCCUUACUGAAUUUUUGAACGAGGCCGAAGGCCGAGUUCAAAAAUCAGUAAGGACUGAGGUCUUGAAAAUUUAUCACCGGCCGAGUUUGGUAUGUAUUUUACUGUAUGCCAACGAUAAAAUGAUUGUCUAGACCGAAGCUCUUAGCCCUUUUUUGAACGAGGCCAUCCCAAAAUGUUGACUUGGUAAUUCGUUUUUGACCGUGGUCACUUUGCUUACACCAGUUAUUACCACACCCCUCAGGCUAAUGUAUUUGAAUAGGCCAGGCAUACAGUAAUAAUAAGUUUUCGAACGAGAGUAUCGCAUAAAAAGUGAAUCUGAAAGCAGAAGGAAUGAUGAAUGAUAGUCAUAGAGGACUUGAGUGGGAGCAUCGACACAUUUGCGGCUAGUAUGUCAGCAGUGGUGCGUUUGCGGCAGGCACGCAAUUCUUACCUCUUAGGCGGUGCGUAGUGUGUGGACGUACGUGUGUGGGGCUUGGUGCGGUGCGGUAUGGGAUGAAUGACUGGGCUGGUUGGUACGCCCAUCGCGACACGUCUGGGUAUGGGGAUGAUGCAGUCAGCUACCGAAAAAGGGCGCAAGUCGUGACCUCGGGUGGCGUUGCAUUCGGCGACAUUGCCGUUAGCUGCAACAAUGCUGUAGGUUAACUAUUGCUGUGUUGCAGAGACCAGUGUCAAUACUUGAGUCAGGUCUCCCUCAUACAGGCUUUGCCUAAGCUCCCCGCUGCCUGCCCUCUCAUGGACCGCAAAAUAAGGCGACUAUGGAAGCGCACAUAGUCAAUGAAUGAUCGUUUGUAGAGGAACUUGGGUUGGAGAGAUGCGAGUCGGGUGGUAUCAGUAGGUCAUGUGUAGGGUCGGGUCUUGUGCUGCGGUGGAAUUAGGUUGACGAUGGGCGAUAUGCUAGAGCGAGACUGUGUCCAAGACUCAGUUGCUAGUCACUGGGUCCGUGGUUGGUUUCAAAGCGUUCUUAGGACGAAACUAGUGAUUGUGAUGGAUGUAACAAGCAGCGCACCACUGCCCCUAAGAGAGAUGACUGUCUAACGGAUACAUAGAUAUCCGCCUUCAUGAAAUGUGACGAAAGAAACCAGCAAUCGAGACGACACCGCCAGCAUGAUAAUCGAGAUCGCGUUGAACGCUUUUACGUCUAGAUGGAAGUAGCUAGCGAGUAUAAAUGCCUGUCUAAGUGUCGUGUGUGUGAAACUCUGUGCUUUCUGCGCCUCGAGCGCUGUGCGAUGUGCGUUCAUGUGAUGUGUGCUACUGUGUCGUUUCAUGCACGCUGCGUGCGGUCAGUUCGGCCAGGAUCAAGCGCUGCCGAUGCUGCGUGAACAGUGCCGGUUGCGGCCCCAGCUGAGGGUUCAUGUGCACGCUGGUUGGUCAAUACAUGCCACACGAUUGGUGAA